CCGUAUUGUGAAGUCACAAUCCAAGAUGGCGCUGCCCGUGCGAACUAACUUGAAACAUCUCUUCAGAUUCAUUCAGAAGUUUAAUUCCCCGAAAAGGGUACUCUGCGCUGAGGUCUGUACGGAAAACAAGGUGUCUCCUGGUGGGCGCGUAUUCUCUGGGAUCCAGCCAACUGGGGUGCCCCACCUCGGUAACUACCUUGGUGCACUGGAGAACUGGGUGGCCCUGCAGAACCAGUAUCCUUCAGUGCUCUACAGCAUUGUGGACCUGCACUCCAUCACCCAGCCUCAGGACCCAGCCCAACUCAGGAGCAACAUACUGGACAUGGCAGCCAGCCUGCUGGCCUGCGGCAUCAACUCAGAUAGGGCAAUACUCUUUCAGCAGUCUCAGGUGUCCGAGCACACUGAGCUCUCCUGGAUCCUCGGCUGUCUGACCAGCAUGCCCCGCCUCCGACACCUACCUCAGUGGAAGAUGAAGAGCAAACAAAAGAAUGAAGGCAGUGUUGGUCUCUACACGUAUCCUGUCCUCCAGGCCGCCGAUAUUCUCCUCUACAAGUCCACUCACGUCCCUGUCGGAGAGGAUCAGGUCCAGCAUUUAGAGCUGGCUCAGGAUCUCGCUCGCAUCUUCAACAACCACUACGGAGACUUGUUUCCUGAACCUGGCGCGCUGCUCAGCUCAACGCGAAAGAUUAAAUCUCUGCGUGACCCGUCUGCCAAAAUGUCCAAAUCCGACCCCCAAACGAUGGCGACGAUUACCAUCACAGACUCUCCUGAUGACAUCGUGCUCAAGGUUCGCCGUGCUGUUACUGACUUCACCUCUGAGGUCACGUUUGACCCGGAGACGCGGCCAGGUGUUUCCAACCUGGUGACGAUCCAUGCUGCCAUGGCAAUGAUCAGUGUGGAAGAAGCAGUGUCCCAGGCCAGAGGGUUGGACACAGGUGCCUAUAAGAAGCUUGUAACUGAGGCUGUGAUACAGAGAUUGACUCCCAUCAGGGAGGAGGUCAAGAGGCUAAGGUCGGAUCGUGCCCACUUGGAGGGAGUGCUGGCCCUAGGGAACCGCAGGGCUCGGGAACUGGCUGCGCCGGUCCUCAGAGAGGUCCGACAGCGAGUUGGAUUCUGCUGAGAGGCAGCUGGGCUGGAAAGUAAAGGCACAUUUAUACUGCAGGCCGUGCUCAGUACUUAACUGCUGCUGAUAUCAAAUUUUAUUCCAAUGACUGUUUAUAUCUUUAGGAUAUUCAAGGAUGUAACUCAUUUCAUAACACAAUGUGUUGAAAGCAACGUGGAAAAGACUCAACUGCAGUGUAAUGUUUUGUUCAGACUGCAAACUGAUUGGUGGACAACAUAUUGUUAUUUUCUCCUCUGAGUUUGUCUCAUUGGAAUGAAUUAAUUUCAUGCAGUUGUAGUUCUGAACACAGCCCAGCAAGAAUGAAAGAUGUCACUUUUGUUUUUGUGCAUGCACUACACACUCAUUGGCUGUAUGUGUUUCCCUAAAUUCCAACAGAAAAAAACAUGUAAACAAAUAUUUGCAAGUAAGAUUCAAAACAUUCAUUGGUGUUUUAACAUGUGAUUCAGACACUAUUUCUCCCCUGAGCACUCAAACACAACAGUAAACAACACAGUUCAUCAAAAGUGCUUUACAAAGCCGGCAGAAAUGGAAGAAAGGACUGUGAACAUACAAAUAAAAGUACAUAUUCAAGAAAUAAACCCUCCUACAGAU